AUGGAAAUGGACAAUCCUCACACCUCCAAAACGGUGGGGAAAAUGCGUUGGGUUUUCUGGGAUCCACCAGACAUUGGAUGGAUAAAAAUCAACACUGAUGGUGCCUUUAAAAGGGGUUUGGGUCUUGCUAGUGCCGGUGGGUUGGCUCGAAACCAUCAAGGGGUCUUGCUCUUUGGUUUCACAACUAAAAUGGGGACUUCUAAUAGCUUUGCCGCGGAGCUAUGGGGCCUAAGGGAGGGUCUAUGGCUGACAAAGGCUAAGGGGUUGGAGAGGGUUAUCUUCGAACUUAAUUCAGAAGUUGUCAUCAUGGUAAUGAAAGGGAAAGAGGAGAUUCAUGAGGCAUCAUCGACGCUUGUCAGAGACUGGAAGGUUCCACACUCUUUAGGCUCCCAGCUAUUAAGACUUGAGUCAUUGCACUUGCGAAACAACAACCUUAAUGGGGAGUUGCCUUCCUCACUUCAAAAUUGCACAUCAUUGAGUGUUGUUGAUUUUAGAGGAAAUAAGUUUAUAGGAAGAAUUCCAUCAUGGAUUGGGAGAUCUUUGAAAAGUUUGCUCAUUGUUAGCCUUCGACAUAACAAGUUCUACGGGAACGUGCCUUCAAGUAUUUGCCAUCUCAAAAACAUACACAUCUUGGAUCUUUCCAAAAACAAAUUGACAGGAAAAAUUCCACCGUGCUUCAACAAUUUUACUUAUUUGAUGCAAGCCAACAGUUCUGUUGGAAGUACUAUGCAAAAUAUAGUGUGGAGCAGUACAUUUAUUAUAAGAGGAAAUGGUUACUAUAUAGACAAUAUUUUGAUUCAAUGGAAAAAUCAAGAGUGGGAAUAUAGGAAGCAAUUGGGACUCCUAAAAGCCAUUGAUCUUUCAAGCAAUCAACUGAUUGGAGAUAUUCCUGAGGAACUUUCUACUCUCAAUGGAUUAAUUUUGUUAAACCUUUCAAAUAACCAUUUGACGGGAAUAAUCUUUCUGACAAUUUAUCAGAUGGAAAAUUUAGAGGUCCUUGAUCUAUCUCAGAAUCAACUCUCAGGUGAAAUUCCAAUUGGCCUAGCUCGUUUGAAUUAUCUUGAUGUUCUUGAUUUGUCAAACAACUUCUUGUCGGGCAAAAUCCCAACUAGCACUCAAUUGCAAAGCUUCAAUGUUUCUUCUUAUGCGGGAAAUUUUGGACUAUGUGGGGACCCAUUUCCCAAAUGUUCAGUCGAUGUUCCUCCCCAACGUAAAAUCAAUGACUACCAAGAAGGUGAUACUUUUCUAGACCGGGGGUUUUACAUAUCAAUGGUGAUGGGGUUUUCUCUUAGCUUUUGGGGAAUUGUGGUCACUUUGGUGCUCAAAAACUCAUGGAGAACUGCCUACUAUGAGUUCUUGAAUGAUGUCAAAGAUUGGCUCUACGUGAAAGUGAAAAUAUAUUUGGGCAGGCUACAACAAAAGCUUAGGUGCACAAGAUGAUUCAAUGAAUGAGUGACAAUAGGUAUAAUUACUCCGCUAGUGUAUUAUUUUAUUUUGGUGAAUGAGUGUCUUUUAAACUAUGAAAUUGUUAAACUUGCCCUUUCAUUUUGUAUGGUGAUUAUUGAAUU